AUGCUGUUCGACGACAUCUCCAGGUGCUGCGAUGGGCACCUGGCAAUUUCCGGCAUCUUGUUUCUACUCCUCAUCGGUGCGCUGACUGCAAUCUCUACACAUGUAUUCUUCACCGUAGGAGAAAGCGCCGUCCGUUUCACAGUCCCUAUUCCCCCACAACUGCAGAGCGAAUAUCGCUGGAGUCGCGAACAUGAAGACAAAGGCGACGAACCACCGGACGAGGCAAGACCCUGUCCUAUCAUCUGCACUGUCUACCAUGGCCGAAUAUACCCUCGAUGCCCAGCCGACGGUCGCCGUCUUGGACCCCCUGUGACUCCAGCCAACGCGUCGGCGAUUGACUCUGCCAUCUCAGCUGCAGCGCAAGCUCAAGUCGAAUGGUCGCAGACUUCUUUUGCAGAACGGCGUCGAGUCCUCCGCACGCUGCUUCGAUAUGUUCUCGACCACCAGGAACAAAUUGUGGCCGCGUGCUGCCUCGACUCGGGGAAGACCAAAAUCGAUGCUUGCUUUGGCGAAAUCCUUGUCACGGUCGAGAAACUACAAUGGACCAUCAAACAUGGGGCAAGAGCUCUCUAUAGAUCGAGGCGACCGACCAACCUCCUUAUGUGCUACAAAUCCAAUACCGUCAUCUAUGAACCUCUUGGCGUGGUAGCAGCUUGUGUGAGCUGGAAUUAUCCCUUCCACAACUUCAUCUCACCCGUCAUUUCCGCCUUGUUUGCAGGCAAUGCAAUCGUGGUGAAGCCGAGCGAGCAGACAUGCUGGAGUACCUUCUAUUUCAUCGACAUCAUCCGUGGAGCACUUCGAGCCUGCAAUCACAGUUCUGACCUCGUCCAGAAUGUCGUCUGUCUACCAGAGGCUGCAGACUAUCUCACCAGCCACCCAGGUCUCAACCACAUCACUUUCAUUGGCAGCAGAGAAAUCGCGCACAAGGUGUGCACAUCAGCUGCGAAAUCGUUGACUCCGGUAACGGUGGAGUUGGGUGGGAAAGACCCUGCCAUCGUACUUGACGACCCAACAACCAUCAGGACCAUUGACGACGUGGCCUCGAUCCUCAUGCGUGGAGUCUUCCAAUCUGCCGGUCAGAACUGCAUCGGCACCGAGCGCGUCAUCGCAUUGCCUGCGAUCCAUGACAGGUUGCUGGCCAAGGUCCUUCCAAAAAUCACAUCGCUUCGUCUCGGCUCUGUUCUUCACUCCUCUCCCAACAACCCACCCGACAUGGGCGCCAUGAUCUCCUCACGCAGUUUCUCCCGCCUCGAGAACUUGAUUUCCUCUGCCGUCGCCCAGGGCGCAACCCUCCACUGUGGAGGCAGACGACACAGUCACCCUGAGUAUCCCCACGGAAUCUACUUCGCACCCACACUGCUUAGCAACGUGACUCCUGAAAUGGAAAUCGCGCAGGCUGAGCUCUUCGCGCCUGUCUUCUUGCUCAUGAAAGCAGGAGAUGUGGAGAGUGCAAUUCGCAUCGCGAACUCGACAAAUUAUGCCCUGGGCGCGAGUGUCUUUGGACACAACCGGUGCGACGUGCAAAAGUGCGUAAAGGAGAUCAAGGCGGGAAUGGUCGCGGUCAACGACUUUGGAGCCUACUACGCGUGCUCUUUGCCCUUUGGCGGCGUAAAAGGUUCCGGCUACGGACGCUUCGGCGGCGACGAAGGGCUGAGGGCUCUGAGCAACGUCAAGGCCAUCUGCGAAGAUAGUCCGUGGGCAAGGGCACUGGGCAUCCAGACGAGAAUCCCGCCCAAACUGCAGUAUCCCGUGUCCAGCCACGGGUGGGAGGUCUGUAAGGCUGUGGUGGGCACGGGAUAUGCCUACACCCUGGGCCUGUCAGAGUGGGUUGGGUGUGUGGUCAGGCUCCUAACGGCCUUGAUGAAGAACGCAGACCAGGGACGGUGA